AUGAGCUGCCUGCUGGGCUGUGGAUACUUCGAGGAAGUCGGAGGAUUCGGCGCGCGGGAGUACCGCAACAACGCCUUCUCAGACAUUCUCAAGCGAGACCACCCGUCUUCAAUGGCAGACGCCGUUGGGUUCGUAGGCGACGAGGGCUUCAGGGCGGCGUCUCGCCUUCUCGACUCUGCCAAGAUCCGAAAGGAUGAAAACGGACAGGUCGUUAAGAGCCUGCCUGCGGUUAACCUGGCUUUCGGGUUUCAAGAGCCUAUUUUCGAAUGGAUGUCUAAACCGGAAGAAGCAUGGCGCGGUCAGCGACUUGGGAAAGCUAUGCAACAGCUGCACCGAAUGUCCAAUGGCAAUGUAGGAAUAGAUUAUCCAUGGAGCACGCUCACCUCGCCCAUCAUCGACGUGGGGGGUGGAAUCGGAUCUUUAGAGUUAGCUCUCCUGGAAGACCAACGCAAUAUUCAUCUGAAAUUUGUCAUCUUCGAUAUCCCCAAUACUACAGAAAACGCAGCCAAGUUGUGGAGUACUCAGUCGACCUCGAUGCUCUCCCGAGUCUCGUUCAUGGCCGGGGAUUUCUUGGCUCCGAUCCCUUCGGACACGAAUAUCCCGAAAGGCCAGCCAACAUAUGUCGUCCGUCAUGUCCUACAUGACUGGACCGACGAUGAAGUUGUAACCAUAUUGAGCAAUGUCCGGAACGCCAUGGCCACCAACAGUCUGUUGUUAAUCUGCGACAUGCUUCUCCAGGCCAACUCCAGCAGAUUUGUCCGCGCAACGAGCAUGCAGUUGCUAGCCCUCAAUAAUGGCAUCACCAGGACUGAAGGUGAUAUGAUACAUUUGCUGGAGAAGGCAGGCUUUUCGGUUAGGAAGGUUCAUAAGAUGAGAGCCGUCGAUUCCAUCAUCGAAGCAGUUAUCACCUAG